GUGUGAACCUAGUCAGUCGCGAUUCGAAGUCGGCCGCGUGUAUCGAGUGUUUUGUGUUGUGUAAUGCGUAUCGUGUACUCCCCUUUUUUCAUUUUCCUCGACGUCCUCGUGCAUUGUGCUCCCAGUACGUUCGGGAAUAGUUGUGUGCGCAAGAGAGAACGCAGCUGAAAAAGGCCGUUUAAAUGGCUUCGUUUAGGUGCGCCUUCGUCGUUUCGUUGCAACGGAUAUAAAAGGAGGAAGAGCCACGGGAAAAGUGUUCGCCAGGAUUCGUCCGGGGGGUUUUAUUUACCGUUCCUCGGCGGUCUGUCGCGUGUGAUCAGAAGUGUGUUGGUCCGUUCAAACGGAGAAUCGUGCGGAACAGAGAAGGGAAGGCGAACAUCUUUCUACGAUGCUUACUUCCAGCGCGAAUCAGUACCUCCGUCCGGAAUACCUUACGCCGCUGCCUACGACGUUGGACGCGAAGAAGAGCCCCCUCGCCCUGCUCGCCCAAACCUGCAGCCAAAUAGGAGCCGACACGCCGUCCAAUAAAUCUCUGCUAGGCUCGCUGGAGAAGCCGUCGAGUAACAAAUCGUCGAAGUCGGAUCAAUCGCGCGAGAAAUCGUCGCCGGUGGUCGCGGCUACGUCGACGGAAUCGGGCAAGACCAAUUUCAAGCCGUACGAGUCGUGCCUGGGCCGGGAGAAGGCGGCCAGCCCGGCGGACGAGCAGAGGUCAGCAUCUAGUCACUCGACGUCGGGACGAUCGAGAACACCCGGUAGCGGCAAUAAACGAUGCCCGAGUAAUCAGAGCGCCUCGUCGGUUCGGGCGGUGACGCCGCAAGGUCGUAGAACCGCGACGCCGAACGGCGAAAUCAUCGCCCGAGAAUCGCCCGCGUCGAGGACGUCGACGGCGAACAUGUCGUCGUCGCAGCUCGAGUCCGGUUCUUCGUCUCAGCCGGUGGUAGUCAGCAGCCCGUCGUUACAGGCGAAACCGUCGUACAGCCCCGCGGGCGUUCUGGCGAUGACGGAUCCGUCCAUCAAGGACCUUCCUCUGGGCACUUUCAAGCCGGGCGUCAGCCUGGCCACCUCGACGUCCGCCUAUCUGGGCUACAGCCCCCAGUUGCCGAUCGACGCGAUGGCCAGCUCCCUGAUGUCCCAGCACCACGCCGCCUUGAAGAACGGCCUGGUGGCGGCGGGCAACCCUUACUUGAGCUACGCCAGGCUGAAGAGCGCUUCGGGACACGACGCUCUGAUGCCGGUUUGCAGGGACCCGUACUGCACCGGUUGCCAGCUGAACUCCCAUCUAUUGGCUAGUUCGGCGAGCGCGGUCGCCAACGGGAAGCUAACGUCCACCACCGGCACCGCGCCCGGCACCUGUCCCGCCGGUUGCGCCCAGUGCGAUCACAAACCUGGCGCCGCACCCUACGGAGCCUUGGGGGUCGCCGCGUACGCUCACGCACAGUUGGCCGCCCUGGCCGCGGCCUCGCAGCUACCCUACGUCUGCAACUGGAUCGCCGGCGACACCGCCUACUGCGGCAAAAGGUUCUCCACGUCGGACGAGCUGCUCCAGCAUCUCAGGAAUCACACCAGCGUCUCGGCCAGCGGGCCCACGGACCACUCCGCGGCCACCCUCUCCCUGUUGUCGCCCUCCGUCGGCCUCCCGCCGACGCAUCCUUUGUUCUCGAGAACUUAUCCGACGCCACCUCUGAGCCCGCUCGCGACGGCGCGUUAUCACCCUUACGGGAAACCGUCGCCGUUGCUGCCUCCGUCUCUAUCGUCCCUGGGCUUACCGCUUCCGCCGCCGCAUCCCCACGCGCCCGCAGGGCUGCCACCCUAUUUCUCGCCGUACUCGCUCUACGGAGCACCCCGUCUAGGCGCCGCGUCCGGCAUGCCGCAAUGAGUACCCGAUCAUGAACUCUGCCCAUGAUCGGACACGUAGCAAACUAUCAACCGUUUAACUGUGAUCCAUGUUUCGAGUAUGAAGUAAUCCGGAAGUGUGUUUGUUAUGGGAGUGCGAGAGCCGGGAAACCGAAGACAACGGGACUCUCGAGAGAGCGAACAAGUAUUAUUGCUAAGGUAACCUCAUCGUAAUCUCGUUAGACGAAUAAAUUGGUUGCUUGAUGCUAUCCGCGGUAACACGUUCGAACGCGAUCGCGCGAGAUACGCCGGGCGAUUCGAUUUUUCAAUGGUGUGUGUGUGCGUGCGCGCGCCGCGUUGGAAUCGUUCCGCCGACGAAAAUGAUUUUGGAUCCGGCACCGAUGAUUUGUAUAUAGUUCUAGCGAUUGGAAUUCAAGGGACUACGAGAACCGGGACGGCUUUAUACGGCUUUUAUACCUCGUUUGAAACGACGAAAUCAUCGUCCUUUGUGUCGCGACGAGAGCUGCGUUUCGUUAUUUAUAUCUUUAGAAGUGUAUCGAUUGUCUUAUUUUCUUACGGGUACUCUGUUAAUUAUAAGGGGCUGACAGAAACGAUUCAAACGAGGAGGUCGAUGAAUAUACAGUUUAAAAGCUUCUGAACAUUGACGGGAAGAUUUCUUGUUUUUUCUUUUUUCUUUAUUUUCAAAUGAUUAAUUACCGCAGUGGCGCAGGAAUUCCAGAUACGAUGCAAUCAAUUCCAAGACUCGUCGAUUUCGAUCUUUCGAAGCGAAACGGAAAUGGAUAGACGUUGUUUCCUUAUAUAAUCUUGUUACAAAAAAAAGGGGGGAGAAAAGUUGAUAAAGAGUUCGUUCUUGCGUAAAUUUAGAUUCCUUUUUUUUUUAUUUUCUAUGUACAUUUUGUACCUAUUCGAGGGUUUUUGAUACGCAGAUAGUUACCCAGCGCAUCGAUAGUGUGAUUAGCGGUUAUUAAAAGUAAUACUUUGAGUGUCACCUUGAAUCUCUUUUAGCCAUGUUAUAAACUAUAGGUAGUUUUAAUUGAUCGUACGUUCUUCGGUCUUUAAUCUUUUAAGUUAUUCCUAAUUUUAUAGAUUAAAUGAUCAAGCCAAAGAUAAUUUUAUAUGCAAAAAUAAAGUUAAAGGCUCGCGUGAAAAUUCUUUAACGACGGUUGAACGGGCUCGGGAUCGAGAACAAUCGUGCGACAUUUACGAUCGAUACGCUGUUGUCUCGUAAUCGAGGAACAUAAUUCGCAUGUUCGAGAAGAAUUUCGUGAAAAGCUUUACCUAUUUCUGUCUUUGCAUAUGAAAUUGCCUUCGAACUGUACUAUUUAUUACGGGACAAUCUAUUAUAAAUUUUAUUAUUAUGUUGUAUGUUUAAAAAAAAAAAAAGAACUGGUGAGUCGCGAUGUAUUAAAUACACACUCGGAAACGCUUUCUUCGAGAUUUAUAUAAACAUUGUUUAGAACGCGCGAUCGACGACUACGGUGAAAGAAAGAAUGCGUUGUGAUCUAAAUCAAAGAAGAAUCGAAGCACGAUUUGUUCGCGCAUUCAAAAUUGCGACACGUGCACGUACCAUCAACAUGUUCUCGUCCACUAGAUAUAAACGUUCGGUUAUAAACUUUUCAGUUACGCGGAAUAAGAAUUGCGACAAUGUUUAACAAUCUUAAUUCUAACGAUCUAAGACGGGAAGUCGGAAGUUUUCUGUAGCAUUUAUUUCUCGCAAAACAUUCGAAAGAGAUCUGCAUUCGUCACAGCAUUCGCAGUCUGUGAACACGUUGAGUGUCGAAUAUCGACGCGAAAAAAUUCACACGACGUCGUCGAAGUCGUUUUAAUUAAUGACACCGAAACUAGACCGCGAAGGUUCAACGUAGGAAAUAUUGGUUCGGCUAUUUUGUAUUCUACAAAUCCUAGUAACGUUCGAUUCGUUCAGUCUAAUACGUUGAAAAUGAACUUGAAAAACCUAGUUAAAAAUUAGUGUUAGACAUACGCGACUCACGCGGCACUGAACGCAUUAAUCCUAAUCGUAACGACAGGCGCGUAAUCGGAUGAUACCGGGAUUCGCAGCAGUUAUUCGCGAGAAUCGGACGCGUCGGCAGCUCCAUCGAGAAACCUUAGGCGAAAAGAUCCGAGAAAGAGAGCUAGAGGGAGAGAGAGAAUGGCAAGGAUUACUGUAUCAAGCGUUCAACUGUGAUUUUUCGCGCGAGGGAUAACGGAGAGGAGCGUGUACCGUUGAAAGGGAGGAAAUCUGAAAGGAACGCGUGUCUGAAAGAAAAAUCCUAAUGGCCGGCCGCGUAAUUAUGAACCGUCGACGCGCAUUUAACAGGCUCUUUUGUAUAAUCGCGGCGUUACGAUGCUUCCCCGGUGCUUAAUCUUAAUAUUAUGCCGCGUGCUCGCUCUGUUUGCCUCGUGGUUCAAAUUUCCCGACGCCCACCUGCCUCUCCGGCCGUAAUUUCCAUUCGCGAAUCUAAACCGUUUUCACACCCUUCGGGUGCCUCGCGUUCGCGAUACGUCGCGACCGAUUUUUCCCUGUUACCGCGUUAAUGAAUUUUCUGCCCGCCCAACCCCAUCUUCCUCCCUCCCCCUAUCGGGCACGAUAAUUUUUCGAUUAAAAAUCAUUUCCCGUUGCACGAGGCUUCGCGACGAUCGCGCGCGCGUUGCUUAAUUUCGGAGGGAAUUGAACGGGUGCCACGGGUAACGUUGAUAAACCAAUGUUCAACUGUGAUUUCCGAGUGAGAGAGGGUGACGUGCGUGAGUGAGACAUGUCGUGCUUCCGCUACAAAGAGAGUUAUUCUACUGUGUAUAUAAAAAAUCCGUAUGUGUAUGCGUGACUCUAGAAUUUAUCGAUGCACGCGCAAUCACGGAGUCUCUCGGCCCGAUCCGACCCAGAUGCCUGCUGCGCGCACUCUUUCUUCUCCAACGGGUUUUCUGUUUAAUUGUCGUUCGUUUCGCGAGUUUUACACGCACGCGGAGGCGGCGGCGGCGGCGGUGCGGUCGAAUCGCGCGGGGCGAAGCGUUUUGUCGAACGAUCCGAACGCGCGGCGACAGUGCGCAACAACAACAGCCGAAGAAGACGUUCAAAAGUUGGUAUUCUCGACGAUGCUCUCGAAAUAAUCUCUCGUAUAUUCGUUUGUUUUCGGUGUCCGGCGGGAAUAUAACGGCGCGGGAAAAGCGGCCUGGUUAUUUUGAAAAUGGUGGCGCGGACGCGACGAUUAUUUGAACGCUUUCGCCGCCGAAAGCGUGUGCUCGCGGCAGCCCGUACUGCGCCGCGACUCGUGUUAUCCGGCGAUCGGAGGAUAAAUAGAUUGCAUAAUCCGAUUGUAGGCACACCGGGAGGGAAACUAGGUUUGUCAGCGGUUAUUCGUCUCUUUUUUACACUUGGUGCCUUUUUUCUCUUGUCCGACAUACGAUCGCGAGUGUAACGGACAUGUGAUAGAAUUGUUUCACCCGACGCUAUAGGCUACUAUACCGUAGCAUGUACAGCAAUAUGUCUCCUUUACCGACGCUCAGAUUGUCCACUAAAAUGGAUAAUUUGGGGAAAGGAGAUACGAUUAUUCGAGGCUUGCGAGCCUUGCGGCUCGUUUUUAUCAUUCUUAAAAUCGCCGCAAAACUAACGCAGAGGUAACAAAAUACGGGAAUAUAUUUAACAAAACGGAUAUCUUGAAAUCUCAUCGAUAUCUUUAACCUGUUAGCUGUUUUUUUACGAGUAUACCCGUCGUAAUACGAAAUGUUAUCGUUUCUGCAUGAC